CUACCGCAGCCUAUAAAAAUGACCGACAACCGAUUGCACAGCUCAUUUCUCAGUCGAAAAGAAACACACAAAGUGAUGCAAUGUUGUAAUGUAGCCUAUAUCGUUCUGUCAAAUUAACAAUUAUGUUACAAUGUAACGAAAAAGACGAGAUUUUACCUGAAAGGAGCUUACAACUUCAGUUACACGCUCUUAGCAAAUCUAUGUCAUGUUGUGCGGUGGAAAGGCUGUGCGUGUACUUGUUGAGCUCCCGGACCAUCACAGAGUAUGAGAGCCAGGUGAUCUGGUCCCAGAGAACAGACAUGGAGAAGGCUGCCAAACUGCUCCAGGUGGUGCUGAAGAAGGGUCGCAACGCCUGUCUGCUCUUUUUCGACUCACUAGAAAAGUGUUGCCAGUGCCCACCACAGUUCGAAAGAGUCACCGGCCUCCCAGAGAGGAGGAGGACCAACACUGCCCCAACUUACGUCAUCAACAUCAGCCAUUCCAAUUUGAGUAACUGCAUCAUUGGAGAUGGCAACUUUCAAGGUGUGACAACGUGUAUACAACAACCUCAGAGCAUGGGUUCAGAGGAUUCUAGGCAUGAGACAAUGGGAGGCAACGUCACCAGUGAUCACCAGAGAGCAGUACAGGCCUGUCCAGAUCCAGAGCUCCAGAGGAGUGUCCAGGUCUAUGGGUCCCAACUGCAAUAUGUCAUCAUCGGGGACAACAACAACCUGCAGGCUGAAGACACACCGGAAGAGGAAGAAGGGGAAGAAGAAAAACUCAUUAAUGAAAGUAACUGAUUAGAUUUGUGUAGUGCUUUUCCAGAUGUUCAAAGUGGUUUACAUUGUAUUGGGGAAACUCCCCUCAUACACCACCAACUAGUUUCCAUUUAAAUCAUUUAGCAGACUCUUUUAUCCAGAGUGACUUAUAGGAGCAAUUAGGGCACAUCGACAGAUUUUUCACCUAGUCGCCUCAGCGGUUCAAACCAGUGACCUUUCAGUUACUGGCCCAACGCUCUUAACCGCUCGGUUACCUGCCUCUGGUGCCAAAGGUUACAUGUUCGAAUCCAGUGAUAGAAAGUUGUUUUUGAGAUUUUUGUUUUAAGCCUAUCCCAAACCUUAACACUUACCUUAACCAUUCAGAGUAAAUGCCUAACCUUAAGAUUUCGGCGUUAAAGCAUACACUUAACCCUAACAGUUUGGAGUUAAUGCCUAAACUUAACCCUAACCGUAAAAAUGUGGAGUUAAUGCCUAAACUUUAAUGUCUAAACUAGUUGUUGUGUGGCACUGCAUCAGUAUCCUAUCAGAGCCAUACAUAUAUGGCUCUUCUAUCCUAGAUGCCAUCUCCUGCUGUUGUGCCCUUGAGCAAGCUACUGCACCACGGUCGACCGUGGCUCUCAAUCUCCAUAAGUGAUAUGGGGACAAAAUGUAUGGCCAUUGGCUACAUUGUAAUGUUCCUUGCUGUGUUGAUGAACUUGAUUUCUGGGGAAUGUAUAUUUAUUGUAAAUUGUAGUGUAUUGUUUGGAUAGUAUAACUUAACCCACAUAAUCAAAGAAUGAACCAUAUUUUUGGUCCGUAGACUUAUGGAAUAAGUAUUGAA